AUGACUGGCUUCCUUUGUGCCCUUGGGGGAGUGUGCCUCCAGCAGAGAAGUAAUUCUGGCCUGGAAGCCUAUAGCCCACCUGUGGGUCCAGUCAGUGAACAUAAGAGUUCCAUGAUUUCCGUGAUGUCCUUGGAGGGAAAUGCAGAUACACCUGUCAGCAAAUAUAUGGAUCAGCUGUUGUCAUUAAUGGUGUGUAACCAUGAGAAAGUGGUACUUCAAAUACGGACCAAUUAUAAGGACCUGGUGGGUCUAGAAUUGAGUCCUGCUCUUUAUCUGAUGCUAUUUAACAAACUGAAGAAUGCCAUCAGCAAGUUUUUUGACUCCCAAGGACAGGUUUUAUUGACUGAUACCAAUACUCAAUUUGUAGAGCAAACCCUAGCUAUAAUGAAGAACUUGCUAGAUAAUCAUACUGAAGGCAGCUCUGAACAUCUAGAGCAAGCUAGCAUUGAACCAAUGAUGUUAAAUAUGGUCAGGUAUGUUCGUGUGCUUGGGAAUAUGGUCCAUGCAAUUCAAAUAAAAACGAAACUGUGUCAGUUGGUUGAAGUAACGAUGGCAAGGAGAGAUAACCUCUCAUUUUGCCAAGAGAUGAAAUUUAGGAAUAAGAUGGUAGAAUACCUGACAGACUGGGUUAUGGGAACAUCAAACCAAGCAGCAGAUGAUGAUGUAAAAUGUCUUACAAGGUGGUUACCCAACGUUUCCCUCAGAACAGCAUCGGAGCAGUAGGAAGUGCCAUGUUCCUCAGAUUAUCAAUCCUGCCAUUGACUCACCAUGUGAAGCAGGGAUUUUAGAUAAAAAGCCACCACCUAGAAUCAAAAGGGGC